UCCGUUGUUACGUAGGCCUUCUUCCGGUUUAGAUUAUUUGAUCCAUGCUCCCGAAACGGUGAAUUUUUAGCUCGAAAGGCACUCUUAAGAACAGGACCCAGUUAAACAACGAUCAUGUUUAAACUGGAAGGACUCGGGCCUAAAAUGGACCCAGAAGAGAUGAAGAAGAAAAUGCGACAAGAUGUCAUCUCAUCUUUACGAAACUUUCUUAUUUACGUCGCCCUUCUCAGAGCCACCCCAUAUGUGUUGAAGAAGCUGGACAGCAUAUGAGCAAAGCAGCAUGUCUCUUCUUCCGCCAUCCACUGACCAUUUACUCCACCAGGCCGUAUGGACCGUCAUCAGCAGACCCCUGGGGCCAUUACAGCACAUCUGUUGGAGAAGACCCGUGUCUGUCCAUGCACCUGAGGAAACACCUUAUCCUCAUUUCUUGUUUCUUGUUGUAAACUUUAGUCUGCCUUUCAAGUUAGAGAUUGUGAUAAAUGUAAAAUGGAAAGUUUGAUAGUGUGUAUGCAUACCAUGUACACACAUUAAAGGGAAACUGUGUUUAUUUUGUUGUUUUUACAUAGCAGAUCUGCUCAGUCUUGUACAGAUGGAAUGAAUAGUUUCAAACUGCAUUACAAAUGUACACAGCAAGUGUUAAAUCUGGAAUCACUGGAAAUAAAAAAAGAACAAAGGAU